AUGCAUCACAGCAAAGCGAGAGAGAAGUUUGGUCUCUACAACUACGGCAUCGUGGUCUCCGAGUUUUCUGGUCUACUUGGCUUCCUCCACCAAACAAAAUCCAAUACGCCUUUGAUAGGAACGAUUCUCGGCGUCUUCUUCGCAUGUGCCCUGUUUGGCUGUGCAUGGGCCAGCUACUCGGCCGACAAAAUCGGGCGCAAGAAGACGGUCCUCAUUGCAGCAAUCAUCUCCAUUGUCAGCACAGCUCUCGUUGCGGGAAGCAUGCAUAUCGCCAUGUUGAUAAUUUUCAGGGGUUGUUCCGGAUUUGCUUCUGGAGCAUACAUGUCAGUUGGAUCGUUGCUUCAAAGCGAACUAGCCCCGCCUCGAUAUCGAGGUCUUAUGGUUGGCCUUGUCGGAGUGAUGAUAUCUUUCGGCUACGUCUUCGCCAACUGGCUAGGUGUCGCCUUUUAUUUUGUGCAAGCCAAUGGCGUACAAUGGCGGAUUCCGUUCGCAAUUUGCACUGCUCCGUCUUUCUUGAGUAUUUUCCUCCUUCCUCUGAUUCCGGAAUCACCAAGGUGGUUGGUGAUGAAGAAUCGCACGGAUGAAGCUCGUGCUGUCAUUUCAAAAUUGCAUGGUCACCACGACGAAGAAGGUCACGAAUUCGCCGAGCUCGAAGUCAGGCAGAUGGUUGAUCAGAUUUCGUUUGAGAAUCAACAUCAAAUGGGCUGGUGGGAGUUGUUUCUGUCGAAAUGGUACCGCAAGCGCUUUAUCCUCACUGUUAUUACUCAGUCCAUGAGCCAGUCCGCGGGUAUCGUUCUGGUCGCCAGCUAUGGCCCGACCAUCUACGCCAGCCUUGGGUUCGAUACAGUGGGCCAGCUGUCUAUCACGGCAGGUUAUGUUACCUUUGGGGCAUUGACCACUACACUUGGGACUCUACUCAUCGAUCGCGUCGGUCGGGUACCACUACUGGCGAUCGGAACGGCGAUUCAAAUCGCACUGAUCGUGGUAGUCACGCCACUCAUCGUCAAAUACGCCGGCACAACUCAUCAAGCUCCCCAGAGGGCUGUUGUGGCCAUGUUCUACAUCUUCGAACUCGGAUACUGCAUGUUCGUGGAGGGCGCAAGCUACACCUAUGUUUCCGAGAUGUGGCCCGCUCAUCUAAGGGCCAAAGGUUCCGCUCUUGGAGUAGCUAGUAUCUACCUGGUCGAUACCAUCUAUGUCGAAGCCGCACACUACGCAUUUGUGUCCAUCGGAUGGAAAUUCUACCUUGUUUUCAUCAUAGCCGGCAUAUUUUUCUUCGUGGCAUUCCUUCUCCUGGCAAAAGAAACAAAAGGCAAGCCGUUGGAAGAGAUAGCAGGACUUUUUGGAGACAAACUUGCGGCCGAGACGCUGGACAACCUUAUCCUUACGCAUGAUACUGAAUUCGAGAAGACCAAAGCGGUGCCCAAGGUCAGCGAGCUGAAUGAUGCAAUGGCGGUGUAG